CCUCGUCAUGAUAAAUUAAUAGUUUAUCAAAUACUUGUUCGAUUAUUUGGUAAUCGAAAUUUAACAAAUAUUGUUCAUGGAACUAUCGAACAAAAUGGUGUCGGUAAAAUGAAUGAUAUUAAUGAUGCUUGUUUAAAUGAAUUAAAAAGAUUUGGUUAUACAUAUAUUUGGUAUUGUGGACUUCUUGAACAUGCAACAUUAACUGAUUAUACAGCAUAUGGAAUUCGUAAAGAUAAUCCUUAUAUUGUCAAGUAA